GGAAGGUGCUUGUGUGAACUGGCCCUCGCCGCGUGGAGGGGGACGCUGAUUGGCUGCAGCAACACAGCUUGCAAAGAAGGAGACGCCAGGCUGUUGCUCAGCUCAAAGCUAGGAACUGGAAAGGAAGGAGGAAGGAGCAGGAAGAAGCUGUUCUACCACCGUACUCUAGGUAGUACUGGAUUAAAAUUAGAUGCUGAGAGGUGCCCGUUGAGAGGUGCCUUGUUUCCCGGAACCCUGUAAGCGCGGGGUAGAUUGGUGAUUGCCACCAUGUUCAUUGUUGACUGGUUCUACGGGAUUCUAGCGACCCUAGGUCUAUGGCAGAAGGAGGCAAAGAUUCUUUUCUUGGGGCUGGACAACGCCGGCAAAACGACGUUGUUGCACAUGCUCAAGGAUGAGCGGUUGGCGCAACAUCAACCAACGCAAUAUCCAACGUCCGAAGAGCUCAGCAUCGGGAAGAUCAAGUUCAAGGCUUUUGAUCUAGGCGGUCACCAGAUUGCCCGCAGGGUCUGGAAGGAUUACUAUGCAAAGGUGGAUGCGAUUGUGUACCUGGUCGACGCCGUCGACAAGGACCGGUUCCCUGAAUCCAAGAAGGAGCUAGACGCCCUCUUGUCAGACGACUCCCUCGGUACAGUUCCGUUCCUGGUCCUCGGCAACAAGAUUGACAUCCCGAUGGCCGCGUCAGAAGACGAGCUCCGGUACUCUCUUGGCCUUACAAAUUACACGACCGGCAAGGGAAAGGUCAACCUAGAGACGACAAACAUGCGGCCGAUCGAGGUCUUCAUGUGCAGUGUUGUUCGGAGGAUGGGCUACGGGGAGGGCUUCAGAUGGGUCUCACAGUAUAUCAAGUAGGGCUUUACUGAGGGAAUGCACUCGACACGCUGACCGGCAGACGUCUUGAUCUGGAUGUAUCUUAGGGUCGCUGCUGUGUAAUCAGGGAUAGCCAUGUCGGAAGGAUCAUGCUUCUGUCUUUGCAACUGAGCCAAUAAAGGGGGAAUACGGGCCAGGAUGAUGUAUGUCUUCACUGCGGUAAAGAGGUGGGCAACAAGUAACUGCUAGUUGUAAAUGGAGCUGCGUAUGAUACAUUCGCCAAGUCGGAUUCUGAUCUAGUGUAUCUGAGCUCAGCAUCUCUAUUUUCAUGGUGCCUCGAAACUCCUGUGUCUAGCUCGCUCGAAUCCUCUCCAUCAUGCACUGACUAGCUGAGAGGAU